AAUUCUUCUUCCUUCCUUCCAACUUCCAACCCUCCUCCAUCUCUAUAAUCUGUAUCUGUAUCUAUAUCUGUAUAUAUUCUCCCAAAUUUCUUACCCUCAACCAAAAUCCAUAACCAAAAAAUGGACAACACAUCAACAACUCUGGAAUCCCAAAUCCAUUCCGACCAAACCAACCCAAAUUCAAUCACAUACUCAUCACCAUUCACUCUCUACUCCAUGGCCAUUUCUUCCUCCUCCCAAUCUCACCGUCUCGCAAUCGGAAGCUUCAUCGAAGAAUAUUCCAACAAAAUCAACAUUCUUGACUUCAACCCACAAACACUUUCCAUCAAACCAACCCCCAUUUCCUUCACCCACCCAUACCCACCAACCAAACUCAUGUUCCAACCAAACCCAAAUUCGAAACAGCUUCUCGCGUCGUCUGGCGACUUCUUACGUCUCUACAGCCUCCAAGAAACGUCAAGUGAGUUGCUUUCUGUGUUUAAUAAUAGUAAAAGUAGUGAAUAUUGUGCCCCUUUGACUUCUUUUGACUGGAAUGAGUUAGAACCUAGGAGAAUUGGCACUUCUAGUAUAGAUACUACUUGUACGAUUUGGGAUAUCGAAAAAGGGGUUGUGGAGACACAAUUAAUUGCCCAUGAUAAAGAAGUUAAUGAUAUUGCUUGGGGUGAAGCAGGGGUGUUUGCUUCUGUUUCUGCAGAUGGGUCAGUUAGAGUUUUUGAUUUACGAGAUAAAGAACAUUCGACGAUUAUUUAUGAAAGUCCUCAACCCGAUACGCCUUUAUUGAGAUUGGCGUGGAAUAAACAGGAUUUGAGAUACAUGGCGACUAUUUUGAUGGAUAGUAAUAAGAUUGUGAUCCUUGAUAUUAGGUCGCCUACAUUGCCUGUAGCGGAAUUGGAGAGACAUAGAGGUAGUGUUAACGCGAUUUCUUGGGCUCCUACGAGCUCUCAGCAUAUUUGUUCUGCUGGAGAUGAUGCGCAGGCGCUUAUUUGGGAGUUGCCGACUGUGGCUGGACCAAAUGGCAUUGAUCCUAUGUCUAUGUAUUUGGCUGGGGCCGAGAUUAAUCAGCUCCAGUGGUCUGCUGCUAUGCCUGAUUGGAUUGCUAUUGCCUUCGAGAACAAACUGCAGCUUCUGAAAGUUUGAGGUAGAACCCGUGUGAUCUACAUAAUAUAGUUUCUGUAUUUAUUUGAUGCAUUAUAUAUAGUAAAUGGAACAUCUAUGAUCUAUGAUGCUAAAUAUAUGUUACUUUUGUACUUCAUUUA